UGCACUUAUAAAUAUCUCUCUUCCGAUCCUCGCAACCAUUGCAUUAUCCAGCAGCAAAAAGAUUCCCCUCUUUUUGUGCAAGCGAGACCAACAAAGUGAUCGAAGGCGCAAACGCAAGGCAAAGCAGAGAGAGGCGCGCGAUGGCGGCGCCGUGGUGGUGGUGGUGGCCGCUGCCGGCGUGGCUGAUGCCGGGGUCGACGGCGGCGUGGUUCGUCGUCCUCAACGUGGUGGUGUGCGCCGUCGCCGUGCUGUCGUCGCGCGCGCGGGAGUCGCUCUCGCCGCGCCGCGGCGGCGGCGGACUCGCGCGCAGGGCGUCGUCGGCGCUGGAGCGCGUCCGCUCGUCGUUCUCCAUCUUCUCCUUCCCGUCGGCGAGCUUCUACGCGUUCCACCCCGACGCCGCCGAGCCACGGACGCCGACGCCGCGCAAGCGUUCGCCGGUGGCCGCGCCGCCCGCCGCCUCGGAGCCGCAGACGCCGACUCCGCCGCCGCGUCCGUCCGUGGCCGCGCCCGACACGCCACCCGCGCAGCGGCCGGAGACGGAGGAGGAGGAGGAGGAGGACGCGAACUACAUGAGCAUGGAUGAGGCGUACGCGCUGGUGAUGGCGGCGCGGCAGCGGCCGCCGCCGACGGAGGAGGAGGUGAGGAGGUCGGAGGUGGACGCCAAGGCGGAGGAGCUCGUCGCCGAGUUCCAGGACGACGAGCAGAGGCGGCAGCGUCUCGACUCCAUCUUCAACUACACGCAGAUGCUCAAGCGGCCAUCGCCGACGGAGGAGGGGGCGAGGAGGUCGGAGGUGGACGCGGAGGCGGAGGAGCUCGUCGCCGAGCUCCCGGACGAGCAGAGGCGGCGCCGCCUCGACUCCAUCUUCAACUACACGCAGAUGCUCAAGCAGCGCGCGGCGGCCGGCCGCCGGCCGCAACCAGCACCGGCGGCGGCUCAGCUUUGACUCACGUGGUUCAUAUGGUUUAACUUCAUUUGAUUCUUUGAUCAAAUCAGGAAUUCAGGAUUCAUUUGCAGGAGAAGAAUUCGGAUCAGAUUUGAGUUUGCUCUUGUGUUUUGUAUAUAGUAUUUGGUUUACAUGUGUGCUUGGCUUGUCAAGUUUUGUGCAGAUUACUUGCAGUGUUGUUGCUGCAGGAAAAUUUCCCUUUUUCAGUUUUGGGCUUGUGUGUAUAUACGGUACUGUUCUGUUGUAUAAUUUUGUACACACAUUUUACAUGUGAUUUUGGACAUAUAUAAAUUCUUUGAUUUAUUUAUGAAUUCA